AUGGCGGACAAGCUCCCUGAGCAGGGGCGCGAGCUGCACAGGCCGGAGACUACCCUACCGGGCUUGGAAGACGACAUGCUGCAACGCAUGGAUAAGGUGUUGAGAGGUUCUGGCAAAAGAUAGAAGCCCGAACACUACCUUCAUGACCCCAGCUACAAGGGAACAUGCGGAGUGGCAAGAGCCAAGGAAAACCUGAGCCUCCUAUGGGCAAAGCAUCCCCGAAAGCAUUGGUAAACCCUGCCUCAGACACAGCGGGGCGGAGGGCUGCUGCACCCACAACUGCACAGCAUAGACCACAACGGCGGACACUCAGCACCCGUGUCAAUUGGAGGACCACCCGAAGCCUCCACAGUCCCUCGGCGGGGACGGACUUGGCAUCUCACAGAGCCCGGGACCAUGGAUCCCAGAAGCAAACCCACUCUCAGGCCUGGAGAAGCCAAGCCGACACACUGGCGUACCUCCCUCAUUCAACAAAACCCAGAGGCUCACACACUAUACCAAGCCGAGGCAUUGGCUGACAUGGACAUGCCACUCCAAACACAUCACCCGCAUGGCUCAAGAACACAGUUCUCUAUGUCACAAAUGGCCCAGGGUGCUCUACUAUGCCCUUCUACACCCAUGCGGCAAUUUCAUUUUAUGUUAUUGCUUAUAUUAUCUUUGACUCUUUAGUCGCCUACCUGCAGCUGAGUACACUGUACAUGUUACACUACAGUCCAGGGGUUAACCUCAUUAGCAACAUUACACAAGCUCACCUAAACAGUUUCCUCUAGAACACAACAUUAUACACACGCACCUCGCUUACAAUCCAGCAGGCCAACAUGCUUAAUGUGUUUUAAUCUUGCUUACACUACAGGAGAGCCACAUAUGUUGCUACAUAUACUAGCCUGUACCAAGCCUGACUUAAACAAUAUUAUUUUCCUGCACCACAAGCAUACCCCACAUACUUACUAAUUUUCACUGCAGAGACCCUUCAGUUACGUUACGCUUGUUUAUAAAUGAAAAAUGUGCAAAACCUCAUGCCACUAUCUAGCCUGUAUGCAUUUAUAUAUAUACGCUGUUGUGGCGUUUUGACAAAGCUGUGUACCUACCUGCACAACAAAAAAAACAACAACUUUAGCUUAAUAAACUAGGAAGUGUUUAGAAAGGCUGUGCAAGUCACAUGCAGGGGUGUGUGGCUAGGGCUAGAUAAACAAAGUGAUUUAAUUCCUAAACAGCAUAGAAUUGAACAGUGAGACUUUGGGGGCAUGAUCUAUAUACUAAAACGGUCUCAUUAAGCUUAAGUUGUUUUGGUGCCUAUAUUUAAGCCUUUAAGGCCAAUAUGAUUUGUAAGGUUAAAUUAAGCCAUAAUAAUAUUACCAGUGGAUAAGAGAUGAAUGUGUGUCAACUCUUUUGUGUACUCUUUAGCUGGAUCUAAAUAAAUAAAAUAUUAUGAAUACAUGUCUUUUUUUAACCUAUCAAUUAGCAUGCUUACUGACGUUCUAAGGAACACAGAGAAAGAUAUAUCUGGAGUUGUGCAAGUAAGAAAACAAUUUUUGGGGAAGGGAAAAGGUAAUGUGUAAUAAUGCAGACUGAUAGAGCUAUUCUCCAACAUCUAUAUAUGCAACCAAACUGAUCAUGUACAUUUUAAUAAUUUAUGUUUAAUUUUAACCAUAUACAUAAGCAUUUUGCUUAUUUCAUUUCAGUUCAUCUCAAAACACAAUACAAUUCUCUUGGUUUUUAAAUUUUUGAAUUCCUAUUGCAUACAAUUUGCAAACAUAGAAUACACUGGCCACUGUGUGAGUACUUUAUCUGGUAUUUGUCAUUAACUGUACUAACAAUAAAGUAAAAAUUCACAGGACCAGCCAGCUGUGCAAAAUCCACUAUUACACAGCUUGUAGUAUAAAUACAAUCUAAAAGAACGCACAAGGAACGCAAAUAGUAUAAUAUUGUAAGGCACCACACUAAGUGUAGAGAAUAUAUUGCACUUACAACUGACAAUUGAUUGAAUGUAUACUAUUUUUAUCCAGAAGAUUGCAGGAAUCUUCUUACAAUCUACAUUUUUAUAGGGUACAUUGUAUUAUAUUUUAUCACUUGUAGGGUACACACUGUGUGAUAUAGAGUGUAUUUUUUUUUAUUAUUAUACAAUUUGUGACAGUAGAUUCAUCACCAUCACAUAGUGAGACAUCAAACUACAUCUACUGCUAUAAAACGUGUUCCGUUUAUUCCACAAGAUAUUAUACAGUCAAUACAUGUUGAAACAGCACCUAUCUGGCUCAGUGAAACAAUUAGGAAAAGUUCUACACCCCUUUACCUUCACAUUUAAAAAAAAAAAAAGGAAAAAAAAAAAAGGAAAGUUUCAUAAUAAAUGCAGCAUGCUCUGUGAAAAAUCAUGUGAUAUUAAAGGGGUACUCUGAGCACUAUAAUCACUAUAACAUUAAAGUGAUUAUAGCUCAAAGAAUCUUUUACAGGGUCACUCACUAAAGUGAGAAUUGUCAUGAAUUCAAACUGAAUUUAAAAUUUUAGACCAAAAUAGUCAGCAUAGCUUACUUAGAGAAGUGUUUCAAUUCAGCUACUUUGGCCUUACAAUUUGAAAUUCCAUUUGAAUUCACUUAAAAUUACCGACAAUUCUCACUUUAGUAAGUAACCCUAUGUGAUUGGGCAACAGUAGUGUCAGUAAUGCACCUGUUUUUUCAUCUCUGAGAUUUUAAGGUCAACUUUUUAAAGUCAAUAAAGUAGAUGUAUUAAAGUGUUCUAAAGUACUAAACGUGUGGUAAUCACCAUGGACAGGGCUGAGCUGGGACAAACUAUCACUUUUCUUCAUAUAUGUUUUUUCUCUAUGUAUAUACUUUGGUUUUCCAUUUAUUCUUUCUUGAUAUAAUGAAUGUAAAUCUUUUACGUUAGUUACAUUAACAGUUUUGAAGAAAGGGUUAAACCUGACACAUAUUUAAGAGAACAUAGAGGGGUGGAGUACAUUUUUUUUUUUAAAGUUGACUAUGGCACUGUGUCAAAUCAGGUGGUGUUUGAACAUGUACUCCAACAAAUUUUGCGCAAUAAAUGGAACACAUUUUAUAGCAAGCAGUAUAUUUCGGAGUCUUACGUUCAGAAUGUGGAGAUGAAACUUCUGUUGCACUCUGUACAUUAGUGGAAUUAUCCAGGAGGCAGGUACUGUACAUUUAACUUUAUAAUAAGUGUAGAUACUGACAUAAAUCAGCCAAUUUAACUCUGCUUACUGUGCUUACCUGUAUAGUGGUAGAUUUAUUCUGUGUUACAUUCACUGUGUCCCUACACUGUUUGAGCAAUUUGAUGCAGUGAUAUGAAAUGACUGUUUCUGAGCCGAAAUAACAUUGUACAGAAUUUGGAUAUUUGUAAUGAUAAUUUUGGUAAUUCAUGCCCUUAUUAGUUUAUAUGUGCACUUGUUUUGAAACUUUUAACUCUGUUCAGUUGUUAUUUAUAUUUAGACAUUUCUUUAAAGUUUAAAAUGUAAAAAAAAGUUUUAUUACGGAUAACAGUUGUGGAUAUCUGGGAACCACUUUGUACAAUGUAUAGACAUAUAGGGAAAAUAUUCUUUAACCUUAAUUUUGUUAGUCUGUUCUCAUAUCAUUCACUACAAGUGUUUGUUUAUUUAAUAUACCGUAUGUCCUGUUCAGAAAUCUCUAAGGGGAUUAGUAUUAGAUGAAAUUUAAAAUAUAUAUAUUUUUGGGGGGUAUUCGCUAAUAGGACUGAAGCCAAUAACAUGUAUGGACUUUGAAAAAAAUAUAUAUAGUAAAAGCAAUAAUGUUCAUUGAUGUUAUAUUAUUUCAAUUAAAAUAUUGAUGUCCCGCCACUAUAAGUGUAACCAUUAUGAUAUGAUUAGUCUGGCGGGUAUAACGUUUUGGAAAGUCUUUGUCAGAAUGUGUGACAAAAGUACAUAAACAUGUCAAAUAUUUUAUUCAUAUGUAAGGAAAGUGCGGGCAUUUCUGGAAAUGUAGAUUCUCAAAAUGCACCCGUAAUUGGUGUAUGUGAACGCACAGCUCAUACCGUAUACACGGCUGCUGAGCUAAAACCAGCCAUCUGUAUUUCAAACAUAAUUACAUGUAUGUCUUGACAUUUCCCUUCCUUAUCAAUCCCUGGUUGUUAUUCAACUGAUGAAUAUUUAAAGUCCCUCUGUACAAUUAGAAUAGUUUAUGUAGCGCCAACAUGUUCUGCAGCGCUGUACAAUAGAUAAAUUAAACAGACACUAAAUUUAAACAAAACAUGCUUGACAUAAACAGAUGAAGAGGGCUCUGCCCAAAUGAGCUUACAAUCUAAAAAUGCAGAGGAACCUACUGGAGCUUCAGCAGAGAAUUUAAUUACAUUUCUUGUUAAAAAAACAAAACAAAACAAAAAACAGGAUAGGAGCACAGGGAAAGGAAAGUGUUUCAAAUAAUCAUGAAUGAAUAUUCAUGUACUUUAAAACUGUGACUAUAUAGGAGACAAAUCGCUUUACAAAACGUUUCAAAUAAGUUGUAUGGCAUUAUAAUAUUACUAUUACUGGCAUUAUUAUACCAUAGAAAUGUUGGUACUCAGACACAGUUCCUAUGUGUAUACUUUGUUACAGCAAUAACCAAUCACCUAGAAUAAAUACUGACAAAACUGCAGAGGGCCAAUCCAAAGAUCAGUGGACACCAGAGACGAAAGGAGACAUGGAUCCAAGCUCUGCAGUUUCACAGGAGGGGUAAUUUCUGGCGUUAUUACGGUUAUGUCAUUAUUAAAGCAACAGUAUAUUACACAGUGACAAAUAAAAUACAUACAGGUAAGGAUGGCCCAAGACAUUUUGAUAUCCUGACAAUUCUCACUUUAGUUAAUGAGCCUGGUUGGUGCAGAUCAAAUACAGGAUUGGGGAUUUAAUCUCUUUUUGUUAUUCCUUUUUGUCAGCAAUAUCCUGGAAACAAUUAACAUCCAACCAACCACAGAUGGUGUCAUAGAAGUUAAUGAUGUGGAAAUGAUCCAGUUAGAAAGUGUGAAGGCCCAGUUUUACAAGAUAAUGGUCUAUUCAGAUAAAUCUGAAGAUUCCUGGCUUAGCAGCCAUAUACAUCUCAAUGUAUGUGCUACAGAUUAUCUAUUAAUGGGACACUCCAAUGUUUAAAUAUGAAAAUAAAUUAAAUUUAAAAUGACUAAUUAGUAGAUAUACCCCAAUGAAAACAUGCAUUUAUCAUUAGGGAUAAUAUCUAAAAACAACUUGUAAAGCUGCCAAUUACAAGCCCUCCUUUUCUAACCCCGCCCAGACUUUCUGUGGCUGUCCAAUCACAAGACCUCACAAUGCAGCUCAAUGAGAAGUCUAUGUAAGGCAGGUUCUCUUACUCACUGCCUGCCUCUUGAGUUUAGCUCCACUGAAAUAACCAAACCAGGAAGUAACAGGACUGGUUGUUUGAUUAAAAACACCCCAUGGCUUUUAAUCAAACAACCAGUCCUGUUACUCUUUCUAAUUCUUUAUUUUUAUGUUGCUUUACAUACAAUCAGUCAUUACAAAUGACAAGUGACAAAAUAUCCAAAACAUUUUGAAUUAACAACUUAUGCCUAAAAAUACUUUUUACAAAGUAGUGUUUAGGUAAACAGACCAGUUCUUAGCCUGCGUCUCUCUAGCAUUUCCAUGCCAAAAGAAGGGAUAAGAUGAAAAAUAAAAUAAAACUAAAAACAACCAAAAGAAAAUAAGAACCAGAAUCAAAACAAACCCAGCCAAUCACUGCGAGACCAGAACCAUAAAACAAUUCAUUCAGGCAACCGAGGAGCUCACACCUUAGAAAAGAGCUUCAUAGAGUUAUGUACCAUAUUUUUGUCCAUUAAAGGACCACUAUAGUGCCAAGAAAACAUACUCAUGUUCCUGGCUCUAUAGGGUCCUUGGGUCCCCCUCACCCUCAGGGCCCCCCUCCCACCGGGCUCUAGGGGGAGGAAGGGGUUAAUCCCUUACCUUUUAUGCAGCGCCGGGCUCCCUCGGUGCUGGGGUCUCUCCUCCUCCUUUCCCCAUCAUCGGCUGAAUGUGCAUGCACGGCAUGAGUCGCACGCGCAUUCAGUCAGUCCAUAGGAAAGCAUUCUCAAUGAAAAUCACAGUGAGAAGCGCGGAAGCGCCUCUAGCGGCUGUCAAUGAGACAGCCACUCGAGGCUGGAUUAACCCAUUUGUAAACAUAGCAGUUUCUUUGAAACUGCAAUGUUUACAGCAGCAAGGGUUAAUCCUAGAUGGACCUGGCACCCAGACCACUUCAUUAAGCUGAAGUGGUCUAGGUGCCUAUAGUGGUCCUUUAAAUACAUUUUAACAAUUUUACUCCUAAUGUCAGCCAGUAGGUACAGUAGAAUGUAACUAACCAGCUCUCCUUGUUGCCAGUGUAAUUUUGUUAAUCAAUUUUUGAGAGCUAGAGGGUAAGUUGCCAAUAGCUUUGGAUCUAAGGAAAACCCAUAGAUCCAAAAAGGCUUUUGCAAAAUUUGAUAAAGUAAGGCCUUAACAAGGUGCCAGUUUCUAUAGAAAUCUGUAAAUGUAAAACAAACAAAAAUAACACAUGUCUGGAAUAUCCCUGUGAUGAGAGCAAUCUCGCCACAUUGCAUUGGAGAAGCCUGGUUGCCCGCCUGCUGCCUUUAGACUAUGGCCCCUGAAAAGACAUGAAAGCUGGGUCAUUUGGUGCUUGCCCUGUUUGAGCGGUGAUACCCCAGAUAGCUAUGCCAUGGAGCACAUUAAUGAAAGACUAUGGGAAAGACUUUGGCUCCAUGGCAAUUGAACUGUAUGUGUGUGCUCUGAGCGCCAUUCAGUAAUAAUGUGCGCUCAGAUCUGAGCUAUCUGGGGAUAUGUUGAAUGUACCUGUUUUGUGCAAUGACUGCACAGUUAUAUGUUUUUAUGUGUUUUAUUGUCUUUUGCUGCCAUGUGUUCAAUGGAGUUUUGCCUCUGUCCUUGGAGAUAAUUGGAUUAUUUCACAAUUAUCUCCAGGAUAGAAGACUCUGUGGAACUGUUUUUUGGCAGAAAAGCCAUGCUUCCUUUGGUCACAAAGGACUACGAUCUAUCUUUUGAACCACUGGACCAAUUUGGAUGAUUUUGACGUAUGUUUGUAUUUGGAGUAUGCUGAUUCUGAAAAUUGUAUUUCUCUGCUUGUGAUAAUUACAUUACCCAUUGUGUAAGGUAAUUGUAUCACAGGCAGAGGGGAGGAUUUUGUGUGGGAGUGUCUGAGUUUAUUGUAUGUGUUAAUUGGUUGUGUUCCAAAACCCUGUGGGUGGUACUAAUGUGUAUAUAAGAACAAUAAACCCACAGCUCUGUCUGUUCACUGCUUGACCCUCAACACGGAGCUUUGUCUCGCUCUUGGGAGGAUUUACUGUAUGCUGUUCCAGUUUGACUGCUAGGAGUGUAAACCUAUUGGUAUGUUUUUUCCUGUUCGGCUGUUUACAGCAUUCGUAUGGUUUCCUGUUCGGCGGAUUGGUGUUCUGCAGUAGCUGUGCCUGUGUCUCUGGAAGGGAAGAUCUACUAAACGGCAUUUAACCCCUUUUAUGCCUGGGGGUGCCGAUACAAUCCCUUUAAGCUCAGAAUGUGCCUCUAAAUAUAUCUGAAAUUGAUGUAUGGCUAUUUAUUACAGGGUAAUAGAAUGCACAUUUUGAGACUAAUCCUGAAUGACACACCUCUUUAGGAAAAAUGGCUUCAUAUCUAUUUCUUUACUGGUAAAAUAUUGUGUAUAAUUUGCCUAAAAAUAAGGAAAAUGUGCUAAUUUCUAUAAAAGCAUUUUAUGUAAAUUGUAUUGUGGAGCCACAUAUGGUUCAAUAUUUUAAUAUUUCCCUGGUUACAUGUUAGAAAGUAUGCUAGCUAGGGUUCCUUUAAAUCACAUGAGUGUUCUAUAAUAUGUGUUUAUUAUUAUCAUUAUUAUUAUUAUUAUUAUUUUUACUAUCAGCAAUGUCCCAGAAACCAUUUAUGGCCAAACAGAACAACAACAAAAACAAGAUGAUGAAGUGGUGAUAACAGAUGAUACAGUUGUGAACAUCAUCCAGCCACGCAUUGUGUAAGUCCAAGAUCAAUACCAAAAGGUAGAAAGCCAGCUGGCACAAUGAGCUCCUAUGUAUAAUAUACACUAUAGAGAUAUUAUUUUUAGUACAACUGCAAGAUGGGGGCAUUUAUGGAUUAUGCUUAGGGGCCAAAGCCCCGAAUAUGGUGCUCAUUAUCUCUUGGCUAGACAAGGGCGAGAUCUGAAUACUCUGUAGCCUACUCCUGCCAUACUGUUCUCCCUGCCAGGUCUACUCAUUGAUAGAUAUUUGAGAAGGUACACACCAGUGCUGUAAACUCUAAUGUUCUAAACAAAUAUGUUUGUUUCCCCUUAAUAUCCAUUUAGCAGAGCAGGCACGACACAACCCACAUUUCUGUCUGUGACAUUUUGGUCAAUGUUAAUUAUUGCAGAUAAAUCUCUCUGAACUAUUUUUCUCAGAUCCAUAUGGUUACUACUUUGACCAAGAAGCUGGUUUGAUUUAUAUAUUGUUUGUAAAUCAUUUAGAGAACCUGAAAUAUGUGAUCCGUGCCUUAUUGAUGAAACUCCUGAACUGGGCAAUGGGAAAAAUGAAGAGUCUCCUAAAUAUAUUAAUGAGACACAAGUUGAUUAUGUGGAGACUACAGAAUCCUAUGAGAGUGAUGAAUCUGCCUGA